CAAAUAAAUGAAUAACAAGAUGAGAAUCACACGUCUGAAAUAACGUUUAUGAUUCUGCGUGCGCGGUGGCGCCUGUCUAUAGGGACCAAACGUCGACUAGGGAAUCUAAUUAUUGCCUCGAGGACUUCACCUGAAAUAUAGACUUCUCGGUGGAGAUUUCGAGAUUUUAAUAAACAACAUAUGCGCGACGCUGAAUGCUACGCGGUGAACAGCCAGAUGCGCGCCUCGCCUGCCAGUCUGUCAUCACAGGCAACGACAUAUGAUAUUUGCAUCACAGGAAAGAUGAACUAGCUAAACUUGCUUGCUUUUGUGGGGAAAAAAUGCCGUUGUGUUUGGUUAUUGAAAUAUGAGCUAAACGCUCUGCAGAACUAUUAGUCGUUAUUUUGUAGCCGCAUGAUAGCCUUUCAAUUUAACAUAAAUUAUCCAACAUCCAUCUUUCAAUAAAUAAUCUUAGCCUACCCGUUGACAUCGCUGAGGAAGUUCGCCUCAGCUGUGGGGCACCAUCAAUCUAUGAAUAUUCGCACACAAUCAUUUUGAAUUUUUUGUUCAUUCAUACAAAAUGUGCGAGAAUAGACUACUUGAAUGUUCUUGAGUGCGUAGAAGUCCUCUUGUGGGCUACCAGCGACAGACAUUUCGACAUAGGCUACUGACAGAGGAGACAGAACGACUGCUAUUUUCUACGUGGCAUGAGUCGGUAAAGGAACCUUUGAUAUUUGUGUUUUGGUUCCAGGUUUGAUAUAUUGAGAGUCAACAAUUGUGGAUAGCCUAUAAUGGAAUUUCUUAACCACCGACAUUAGAACCGCAUCGGUCCUUCAACACAAGGUAUUUAGCCAUUGAAGCCUACAAUAUUUAGGAAAACAUCCAAAGAGAUACGUUUUGCAAUGGCAAAUUGAAAACGGCUUAUCUACAACCAUUUCAAACGGACUGCGCAGCACACAUUUAUGUGCUAGGCUAGAGACGUUAUUGCUUAUUAUGGAAAACUGGGACCGCCUUUACGCGCCUAAACGAAAUAUUGUCUUAAAAUGAGGCGAGGUCGCAUUACUAUUUAUUCUGAUACGCAUAUGGGUAUAAUUCCAUGAGCAUAAACAUGAUAUGAGGGAUACGCCGCCGCUGUUUUUGUCAUUUUUAACCGGCAGGAUUUUUCCCGUUUCAUUCGCAGUGGUUGUUUUGAAGAUAGCAGGUUAUUAAUUGUUUAUCUUUAUGCAUCCGCACGAAGAAGGACCAAGAAAUGACAAACGACGGAUAACCAGAGGAGAAGGAGACCGUGAAAAGAGGGGAAAGGAAGAAUGAAUGAGAUAUACUGAGCAACGAAGGAAGGAGAUUGGAGGAAUCAAGAGGUGUUAGUGGGAGGAGCUCUCUCCAUGACCCUGUGCCUGCUGACCACACCCAGAUUCCCCCUAACCCCGCCCUCCAGCAUGGCGCUGUCACUCUGGCUGCUGUGUACCUGUGCUGUCACCUCCCUGCUCAUCGCCCCCUCUGCUCAAGCUCUGAGUCGGUCAGCGAUGCCCUUCGGCCUGAUGCGUAGAGAGCUGGCGUGCGAGGGAUACCCCAUCGAGCUGCGCUGCCCUGGCAGUGAUGUCAUCAUGAUUGAGACGGCCAACUACGGCCGCACAGACGACAAGAUCUGUGACGCUGACCCCUUCCAAAUGGAGAACGUGCAGUGUUACCUGCCUGAUGCCUUCAAGAUCAUGUCACAGAGGUGUAAUAACCGUACCCAGUGUGUGGUGGUGGCAGGGUCCGAUGUGUUCCCAGACCCCUGCCCAGGGACCUACAAGUACCUGGAGAUACAGUACGAGUGUGUCCCCUACAAAGUGGAUCAAAAAGUCUUUGUGUGUCCGGGCACACUGCUGCGUAUACAGGCGGCCAGCUCGCUGCAGGAGGCGGAGCAUCAGUCAGGGGCGUGGUGUAAGGACCCCCUGCAGUCAGGUGACCGGCUCUAUGUCAUGCCUUGGACUCCCUACCGCACCGACAUGCUGUAUGAGUACGCCUCCUGGGAGGACUUCAGACAGAACCGCGCCACCACCACCUACAAGUUGCCGAACCGUGUUGAUGGCACAGGCUUCGUGGUAUACGACGGCGCCGUGUUCUACAAUAAGGAGCGCACACGCAACAUGGUCAAGUAUGACCUGCGCACACGCAUCAAGAGCGGCGAGGCCAUUAUCGCCAACGCCAACUACCACGACACAUCGCCCUACCGCUGGGGUGGGAAGAGCGAUAUCGACCUGGCAGUGGACGAGAACGGGCUGUGGGUCAUCUACGCCACAGAGUCCAACAAUGGACGACUGGUGGUCAGCCAGGUGAACCCGUACACCCUGCGCUUCGAGGGCACCUGGGAGACCAGCUUCGACAAGAGACUGGCGUCCAACGCCUUCAUGGCGUGCGGCGUGCUCUACGCUGUGCGCAGUGUCUAUCAGGACGACGACAGCGAGGCCGGCGGGGAUCUGAUCCUUUACGCCUACAACACAAACCGUGCCCGGGAGGAGCCCGUCCAUAUCCCCUUCCCUAACCCCUACCAAUACGUCUCCUCUGUGGACUAUAACCCCAGAGACAACCAGCUCUACAUCUGGAACAACUAUAAUGUUCUGAGAUACCCGCUGGAGUUCGGACCACCGGACCCCACCACUGGCCCUCUGACGACCACUCAGGUGGCCAGCACCACGCCAGCCCGACCUUUCACCUCCAGUUCUAGCCCUGCUACCACCCGCCCCCUGGCCCCCACCUCUCACCCCAUUGGUGCUAUCAACAAGGGCCCUGACCUGCGGCCAAUCACAGCCACCGUACCAGUCACCAGGCGGCCUCCCCGCCCACCCGUCCAGGGCCCGGAGCCCCAGGUGUGUGAGUCCAGAGUGGCCAGAGGGGUGCAGUGGCCCUCCACCCAGAGAGGAGAGACUGUGGACCGUCCCUGUCCUAAAGGAUCACUAGGCAUCGCCUCGUUCCAGUGCUUGGCGGCUCCGGUCAUGUGGAACCCUCGGGGCCCUGACCUCAGUAACUGCACCUCUCCCUGGGUCAACCAGGUAGCCCAGAAGAUAAAGAGUGGUGAGAAUGCUGCCAACAUUGCUGGGGAGUUGGUGAACCACACACGGGGGCGGAUCCACGCUGGUGAUGUCAGCUCGUCAGUGCGUCUGAUGGAACAGCUGCUGGACAUACUGGAUGCCCAGCUUCAGGCCCUGCGGCCCGGCAACAAGGAGUCAGCUGCACGCAACUACAACAAGCUCCAGAAGAGAGAGAGGACCUGUCGGGCUUACAUCCAGGCGGUAGUGCAGACAGUGGACAACCUGCUGCGUACAGAGGCUCUGGAGUCGUGGCAGGACAUGAACACUACGGAGCAGGCCCACACCGCCACCAUGCUAUUGGACGUCCUGGAGAAAGGAGCCUUCCUAUUGGCCAACAACAUGUACGGCAACCGUUUCACCGACCGGGCCCCCAAUAUCGAUCUGGAGGUGCACGUGUUGAACACAGAGAUGGACCUUCAGGACCUGUCCUUUCCUCAGAACUACGUGAGCGACAGCACCAUCCAGCUCUCCGCCUCCACCAUCAAACAGUACAGCCGCAAUGGCCAAGUCAAGGUAGUGUUUGUUCUGUAUAAGAACUUGGGCUCCUUCCUGUCUACGGAGAACGCCACGGUGAAGAUGGAGCUGGAGGCGGCACCGGGGGAGCGGGGAUUGGCGGUCAACUCCCACGUCAUCGCCGCCUCCAUCAAUAAAGAGUCCAGCAGAGUGUUCCUCACUGAGCCGGUGGUGUUCACACUCAAACACUUACAGUUGGAGAACCACUACAGUCCCAACUGUUCAUUCUGGAAUUACUCUGAGCGGUCGAUGACAGGCCAGUGGUCGUCUCAGGGCUGUAGACUGCUGGACACCAACAGCACACACACCACCUGCUCCUGUUCCCACCUCACCAACUUUGCUGUGCUCAUGGCCCACCACCAGCCUGAUUACCCUGGGAGGAUGCACGAGUUGAUCCUGUUUGUGAUCACCUGGGUGGGCAUAGUGAUCAGCUUGGUGUGCCUGGCUAUUUGCAUCUCUACCUUUUGCUUCCUGAGGGGCCUGCAGACCGACCGCAACACCAUCCACAAGAACCUCUGCAUCAACCUCUUCAUCGCAGAGCUCCUCUUCCUUAUCGGAAUCGACAAGACCCAGUACCACAUUGCCUGUCCGAUCUUUGCUGGGCUGCUUCACUUCUUCUUCCUGGCUGCAUUCUCCUGGAUGUGUCUGGAGGGGGUGCAGCUCUAUCUGUUGCUGGUGGAGGUGUUUGAGAGCGAGUACUCCCGCAAGAAGUACUACUACCUGUGUGGCUACUGCUUCCCAGCUCUGGUGGUGGGCAUCUCGGCAGCCAUAGACUACCGGAGCUAUGGGACCAAGAAAGCGUGCUGGUUGCGGGUGGAUAACUACUUCAUCUGGAGCUUCAUUGGCCCUGUUUCUUUUGUUAUUAUGCUGAACCUGGUGUUCCUCAUGAUCACCGUGCACAAGAUGACCCGCAACUCCUCUGCCCUAAAACCUGACUCCAGUCGCCUCGACAACAUCAAGUCAUGGGCUAUUGGGGCCAUCGCCCUGCUCUUCCUGCUAGGUCUGACCUGGUCCUUCGGCCUCCUCUUCAUCAAUGAGAACACGGUCAUCAUGGCCUACCUCUUCACCACCUUCAACGCCUUCCAGGGCAUGUUCAUCUUCAUCUUCCACUGCGCUCUGCAGAAAAAGGUGCAUAAGGAGUACAGUAAGUGUCUGCGUCACUCGUACUGCUGCAGCCGUACCUCCACCACCAGCUCCCACGGCUCCCUGAAGAACUCUGCCCUGCGUGCCAACAACCGCUACUACACUGGCAACCAGGCCCGCCACGCUGCCGCACACAGACAGAGUCGGAUCCGCAGGAUGUGGAACGACACGGUUCGGAAGCAGACGGAAUCUUCCUUCAUGGCAGGAGACAUCAACAGUACUCCUUCACUCAACCGUGCCACCAUGGGAAACCACCUCCUGACCAACCCAGUGUUACAGACCCGUACCGGCACCUCUCCCUACAACACCCUACUGGCUGAGAGCUUCACUCCCCCUUCUCCUGGGGUCUUCAACUCCACCGGAACCUUCCGUGACCCAAAGAACACUCUGUGUAAGGCCCGUGAUCCAUGUGGUAUGGACACCCUGCCCCUCAAUGGUAACUUCAACAACAGCUACUCCCUCCGCAGCGUGGGGCCAUUGGGCGGUGGCGGGGGCAGCUGUGACUUCCUGGGCGGGGGCAUGGGGUGUGCAGACACCCCCCCUCCCCUCCUCAACCCCCGCGGGUCUGAAACCCUUGGCGGGGACGGAAUACGGCGCAACCUGUCUGACGCAGCUGCCUUCGAGAAGAUGAUCAUCUCUGAGCUGGUACACAACAACCUGCGUGGGGCAGGAGUUGGGGGCGGGGAUAGGGUCUGUGGUAGUCUAGCGAGGGGUCCUCCUCACGGCGGAGUAGGCCGAGGCACGGGAGUAGCUGUGCCAGAGCCGAGCAUCAGCCUGGACGACGACGAGGACUUCCUAUCCAGAGAAGGCGGGCGCCAGAGGACGCCGCAGGACGUGGAGCUGCUCUACAAAGCCCUGGAGGAGCCGCUGCUGUUGCAGAGAGCCCAGUCUGUCCUUUACCAGUCUGACCCCGAGGAGUCAGAGAGCUACACGGCCGACCUCACAGAGAGCCUGGGCCACAGCGGCCACAGUGGGCACAGCGCCGGAGGCCAGGGGUCUGGGGGACAGGGCCCUGACUCUCCCGCCAGGGACUCCCUGUACACCAGCAUUACCAACCUGCGAGACUCGCCUUACCCGGACAGUAGCCCCGAGCCCCUGGAGGUGGUGCCCCGCUCGGCCCAGCCCCCUGAGGAGCUCUAUUACAGCUCUGGGAGGCCUGCCCUGGGGUCUCGAGGAGCACCCAUGCAGACCUUCUACCAGGCCCCGCCCCCCAGGAGGCCCAGUAAGGAGGGGGAGGGGCACCCCGGCCAGGAGCCCACCCACAGCGAGGGAGACGGACAGAUGCAGCUGGUCACCAGCCUGUGACUGGAACCGCGAGGAUGCGGACGGGGACCAAGAUGAUGAGGAUGAGGAUGAAGGCUGGCUGGUUGCCUCCUCAGAACCCGCCUCUCUCUCUUUCUCUCACUCCUCUCCACUUCCUGCUUGAUUGGUUGCCUUUUUUCCCCUCUUUAUUUGUAUUGAAAGAUGAGCGAACAAAUUUACAUUUAAGGAGAGUUUUAGCUGUCUCCACGGCAACAGUCUUAUCCUAGAGAACCUCCGCUGUCUGGUGGAGAUGAGUGAUGGCUGAGUUGUUCUUCUCUGGAACAUUCACCCGCUCUCUCCUUCUCUCUCUUCAACAUCCCCCUUUCUCUUGGCACGCAGCAGACAGAUGCCAAGUCCAGCACUCUGAAUGUACCAAUCCAACAAACCCCUUAUACCUUACUCCUACAGAGCUACAGAUAUUUCUCAACUUAACUUUGUUCAAGGUCCAUUUUAUUUCAUUUCACAGAAUUUCUACAAACAUUCCUCUCGAGAAAUUGUUCUCAUUUUCUAGUUCCCUUUUCUCUUUCCCUUUUUCAUGUUCCAUCUCUCUUUUUGUUCACUCAUCAUUUGCUCGGCGUAGUUAGCUGUGGAGACAGGGGAUAUACUGUAGUAGCCUAUUAUACCAUAGGAAAGAAAAUCUCUGAAAGCUACUUCAGUGUUGCCAAAAAUACAUUUUCCCAGCCAGAACAGAAACUGGAGCAUUCGCACACACACAGACAUACACACACAGACAUACACACACACACCCACUCACUCACUCACAGAAGUGCUUGUUUCUGAACAUCAGACACAACCCUCCAUCUGAGUAAAAAGAAGCCAGAACAAUUGUUCAGACAAGGCAGUUGGAGCUGUCUAAGAGUAGUUGCCUUUAUUUUAUCUUGCUAUGAACUGACUCGUAUAUACAGAACUAGAGGAGAGACUGAAGAAGUAGGAAGUACACCACAGGACAGGAAGGCUGUUUGAGGGGUCAAGGGUCAGGGGUCAAGAGGUAGAUCUUUAGGACUCGAGGAAUGGACAAGGACUUUUGGGGGGGGGGGGGGACUUUUUGUUAUUUUCUUCAGACAUUUGAAAAGUAAAAGACUGUUUUACUAACUUUGAAGAAUAAUAUGUUAUCUUGGUGACUUUCUGUUGCAUCACCCGGAGGGUUAUUAAGGGACAGAUUGUGCUCCCUUUAAGAAUGGAUGCCCUCUUCAAUGGAUGUGUCCACGUCACCUAUGUGUGGUUGUGACAGAAUGGACUCUAAAUGUUGGAACCACUUCAGCUGUUACGCAAGUCUAACCCUGUACAUAUGAACCACACAAACUACAGUACUUACUCUACUCCUACCGUGUAAAUACAGAAACCAGAUGAAGAAAAGCAGCAAAAAAGUAAGAAAUACUAAAAACGGACUUCUUGUACUGCAACAAAACAACAAAAGAAAAAAAGAAAAUGUUUUGGAGUUUGUGACCUGAAUGAUGCACUCCAUCUCUCUGCCCGUCUUUAUCUUGCUCUCUCACUGUCGUUCUCUUGAGUCAUAACUAGUGCUGUGCCAUUCAGUGAAAAUCUCUGGAACAGAAAAACAGAGAGAGAGAAAGAGUAUGAUGGGUGGUAGAUUUUGCAUACAAAUAAAAACGUUUAAAAAAAAGUCCUGGCACAAUUUUAUGUAAUAUAAUCCAUUACAUGUUGUUAAUGUUUGACCUUUGACAUUCCCAGACAGGAAGUGCUGUGUGGGCGGGGGAGGCGGGAUAGAUGUCAUAAUAACAUGUCAUACUGUGCCUCAUCACGGGCGUUCCAAUGCAUUGUGGUACAAGGGCAGCAGCCAUAAUGUGAUUUUGGUCAGUAAUGUAUUGUUUGAAAGGUUAUAUCCUAGAUACAACUAAAUGAUAUCAUUUUAAUAUGAUGGGUUUUAGCAUGUCAGAUAACAUUUGUUUUCUAUCAAAACGUCUUUCAUUUUGCUGUUUCUAACAGAUAGUUUCAGCAUUAUUCCAGAGCCUAAUGUGACAAUGAAUUCCCUGUUUUUGUGUGUGUGUGUGUGCGCGCGCACGAGAGAGUUUGUGUGUAUGCGUACAUGUGGAGGAGAGUGUGUGUGUACAUGUGGGUGUGUGAUAUGCUCAAGCAUAUGUACCAUAUUCGUGGGAAUUUUGUAAGUGUGUACAUUCAAAAAGCUAUUUUUGUUGGAUGAAUUGAAUGCACAUCAGAGGAAGGGGACAGUAAUUCUUUAUCUAGGAGAAAGCCUUUUAUUCUAUUAGCUUCCAUCUCAAAGACUAGGGUAGCCAGCUGCUUCUGUGUGGCUGUUCCUGAGGUUCAGGUACCAACGUAAAACUGGGACACUUCAGGCUGCCCUUCAGGAUCUUGAGCAAGGAACAAUGACAGGGUUUGUCCGAAAUGGCACCCUAUUUCAUAUGUAGUGCAGUUCUGACCAGGGCCUCCCUAUGUACUGAACUACUAUUGACCAGAGCCCUAUGUACUGAACUACUAUUGACCAGAGCCCUAUGUAGUGAACUACUAUUGACCAGAGCCCUAUGUACUGAACUACUAUUGACCAGAGCCCUAUGUACUGAACUACUAUUGACCAGAGCCCUAUGCGAACAAAGACAGAACUUGGAUCAAAGAAGCAUGCUGUGUUCAAAAUGGAACCAUAGUGCACAACUUUUCACCAGGGCAAAAGUUGUCCACUAUGUAGGGAAUAGGGUGCCAUUUCAGAUAGUACAGUCAUAAUGACAGGCAGACUUGACCGUUGGGACCAUCCAGUCAGAAUGACAGGCAGACUUGACCGUUGGGACCAUCCAGUCAGAAUGACAGGCAGACUUGACCGAUGGGGCCAUCCAAUCAGAAUGACAGGCAGAGUUGACCAAUGGGGCCAUCCAGUCAGAAUGACAGGCAGAGUUGACCAAUGGGGCCAUCCAAUCAGAAUGACAGGCAGAGUUGAACAAUGGGGCCAUCCAAUACGAAUGACAGGCAGACUUGACCAAUGGGACCAUCCAGUCAAAAUGACAGGCAGAGUUGACCAAUGGGACCAUCCAGUCAGAAUGACGGGCAGAGUUGACCAAUGGGACCAUCUAGUCAGAAUGACAGGCAGUUGACCGAUGGGACCAGAAUGUCAGAAUGACGGGCAGAGUUGACCAAUGAGACCAUCCAGUCAGAAUGACAGGCAGAGUUGACCAAUGGGACCAUCCAGUCAGAAUGACAGGCAGAGUUGACCAAUGGGACCAUCCAGUCAGAAUGACAGGCAGUUGACCGAUGGGACCAGAAUGUCAGAAUGACAGGCAGACUUGACCAAUGGGACCAUCCAAUCAGAAUGACAGGCAGAGUUGAGCAAUGGGACCAUCCAAUCAGAAUGACAGGCAGACUUGACCAAUGGGACCAUCCAAUCAGAAUGACAGGCAGAGUUGACCAAUGGGACCAUCCAAUCAGAAUGACAGGCAGAGUUGACCAAUGGGACCAUCCAGUCAGAAUGACAGGCAGAGUUGACCAAUGGGACCAUCCAGUCAGAAUGACAGGCAGAGUUGACCAAUGAGACCAUCCAGUCAGAAUGACAGGCAGAGUUGACCAAUGGGACCAUCCAGUCAGAAUGACAGGCAGAGUUGACCAAUGAGACCAUCCAGUCAGAAUGACAGGCAGAGUUGACCAAUGGGACCAUCCAAUCAGAAUGACAGGCAGAGUUGACCAAUGGGACCAUCCAGUCAGAAUGACAGGCAGAGUUGACCAAUGGGACCAUCCAGUCAGAAUGACAGGCAGAGUUGACCAAUGAGACCAUCCAGUCAGAAUGACAGGCAGAGUUGACCGAUGGAACCAUCCAGUCAGAAUGACAGGCAGAGUUGACCAAUGAGACCAUCCAGUCAGAAUGACAGGCAGAGUUGACCAAUGAGACCAUCCAGUCAGAAUGACAGGCAGAGUUGACCGAUGGAACCAUCCAGUCAGAAUGACAGGCAGAGUUGACCAAUGGGACCAUCCAGUCAGAAUGACAGGCAGUUGACCGAUGGGACCAGAAUGUCAGAAUGACAGGCAGACUUGACCAAUGGGACCAUCCAAUCAGAAUGACAGGCAGAGUUGACCAAUGGGACCAUCCAAUCAGAAUGACAGGCAGACUUGACCAAUGGGACCAUCCAAUCAGAAUGACAGGCAGAGUUGACCAAUGGGACCAUCCAAUCAGAAUGACAGGCAGAGUUGACCAAUGGGACCAUCCAGUCAGAAUGACAGGCAGAGUUGACCAAUGGGACCAUCCAGUCAGAAUGACAGGCAGAGUUGACCAAUGAGACCAUCCAGUCAGAAUGACAGGCAGAGUUGACCAAUGGGACCAUCCAGUCAGAAUGACAGGCAGAGUUGACCAAUGAGACCAUCCAGUCAGAAUGACAGGCAGAGUUGACCAAUGGGACCAUCCAAUCAGAAUGACAGGCAGAGUUGACCAAUGGGACCAUCCAGUCAGAAUGACAGGCAGAGUUGACCAAUGGGACCAUCCAGUCAGAAUGACAGGCAGAGUUGACCAAUGAGACCAUCCAGUCAGAAUGACAGGCAGAGUUGACCGAUGGAACCAUCCAGUCAGAAUGACAGGCAGAGUUGACCAAUGAGACCAUCCAGUCAGAAUGACAGGCAGAGUUGACCAAUGAGACCAUCCAGUCAGAAUGACAGGCAGAGUUGACCAAUGGGACCAUCCAGUCAGAAUGACAGGCAGAGUUGACCAAUGGGACCAUCCAAUCAGAAUGACAGGCAGAGUUGACCAAUGGGACCAUCCAGUCAGAAUGACAGGCAGAGUUGACCAAUGGGACCAUCAGGUCAGAAUGACAGGCAGUUGACUGAUGGGACCAUCCAGUCAGAAUGACAGGCAGAGUUGACCAAUGGGACCAUCCAGUCAGAAUGACAGGCAGAGUUGACCAAUGAGACCAUCCAGUCAGAAUGACAGGCAGAGUUGACCAAUGGGACCAUCCAGUCAGAAUGACAGGCAGAGUUGACCAAUGGGACCAUCCAAUCAGAAUGACAGGCAGAGUUGACCAAUGGGACCAUCCAGUCAGAAUGACAGGCAGAGUUGACCAAUGGGACCAUCCAGUCAGAAUGACAGGCAGAGUUGACUGAUGGGAUCAUCCAGUCAGAAUGACAGGCAGAGUUGACCAAUGGGACCAUCCAGUCAGAAUGACAGGCAGAGUUGACCAAUGGGACCAUCCAGUCAGAAUGACAGGCAGUUGACUGAUGGGACCAUCCAGUCAGAAUGACAGGCAGUUGACUGAUGGGACCAUCCAGUCAGAAUGACAGGCAGAGUUGACCAAUGGGACCAUCCAGUCAGAAUGACAGGCAGUUGACUGAUGGGACCAUCCAGUCAGAAUGACAGGCAGAGUUGACCAAUGGGACCAUCCAGUCAGAAUGACAGGCAGUUGACCAAUGGGACCAUCCAAUCAGAAUGUAGCAUUGCCGUAUUAAAGCGUUUCCAGAGAGAAACCAUCCAUCAAACCAGAGAUGUAUUCAUGAGGUUCCUUCCCCCUAAAGUCUGUCCAAACCUUAAAAAGCUGAGAGUUUUGCCAUUCUCUUUAUUUCUGUAUGUUUCUAAUGCUUUAUUUAUCUCUAUAUUUAUUUAUGUAUUUGGAAUAUUUAUUUCUAUGUUCAUUUAUUCAUGCUUUAUUUUAUUUUUUGAAGAUCUCUGUACAUAGCUGAGCUGUGCGAUAUGAAUGCUGAAGUAAGCCCUUUUAAAUGUGCAGUACAUUUAGGCAAGUAGAUGGAUUCUCCAGCGUCCACUUCAGGGUGACAUUUGGUUAGGGCCUGGGUGUCCCACUUCUUCAUAAAGAGUCCUAAAGGGCACAUUGAGUUUAGUUGGGGCUCUUGGGGGAGAAAGAGAAGGAUUGAAAGCCGGGAUAGAAUUAAGAAUAUAUUUGUUUUUUCCUCCAUUUCUUCUUGGUAGAGGAAUCUCUCUUAGUUCAGACUCAGAUAGGAGGCCCAGGUGUUCUACAGGAGGCAUGUGUGCAAUACUGUGCUGGUGUGUCUGACUUGGUUUAACAUUGGAAACGGCCUGGUUGGGUAGUGUUACUAUAUGCCUACCACUGGACCGCUGUGUAUGUCUGUGUUUACAGAAGGAUCUGAUAAUUAUGCACAUUUUCUUUUCUUUUGCUUGAAAUAUUAAUUAAACAUUGGCCUUGCAGCUCAUAGUUAAUUCAAUAGGAGCAUUGACCGGUCAGCAAUGGACAAUUGAAUGUAUGUUGACUAGUAGGAAUAAAGAAAAGUGAAUUAAUGCCCUACACUGACCGCCAUCAUUAUCAUCACAUCACCACCUACACCUUUAUUGAUGUGAUCUACAAAGUUGACCUUUAGCUGGUAACCUCACAGGGACAGACACCGUGUAUGGACAGACUCACCAGGAGGGGAAGAACCUACAUCACCAUCUCCUGUGUAGGCUCUCUCUCUCUCUCUCUCUCUCUUUCUUCCCUCACCUCUCUCACUCCAUCCCAUCUUAUUCCACCAAUGGGCUCUCUUUUAUCCCAGCAUUAAUCCCAGAGUUUUGUUUGGAGUUAAUUUGUUUGUCUUAAGCUUUGUUUACACCAGAUUGAUAUCUCAAUAAACAGUGGAGCCGUACUGUAUUGUGGUAAUGCUAGUGAUUAUACAGCAGAAAGCACUGUAGGACCCAGAGACCUUCUCAAUGGGAGUUUCACCCCCAUCUAAAUCCCUAUGUUACCUCUGAUUAGGAUAAUAACACUGGCUAAUCAUUUACUGUGCUGAGACCACAGAGGGAGAGACCUCUAUACACACACACACACACACACACCCACACACACUCUCUCCCUCCCCCUCACUCUCUCACCCACUUCCAGCCCACUACUCCCUGCCCGUGCAUCUAGCCCCUACCUCCAUGUGUGCAGGCAGGUGGAUUGAAGGUUCUUAUAGGAUAGAGUUGGAGUCAGUCUGUUCCUUCAGUCUGCGGCCCCUGCAGCUCUACCCCAGUAGAACAGUCAUCUCUCAGUGUUCCAAUAGACAGCGGAGGACACUGUGAUCUGACAGUAACGUUGCCCUGCUGCUGACCUUCUCAGAUGGACUGUUUCUCUCCCAGAUUUGUGAUGCCCAUAUCCUGUGACCUCUGCGUUAGUGUGAAAACAUGUCAGUGGUUCCUCUGCAGCGGAGCGGAGGAGAGGAGAGGAGGAGCACUGGGUCAUGUAGUCUAUCCCCGGGGAACUGCCAUAAAGGGAGCGGUGUCAGGACAUGUGAUGUCACAGUUAGCCAGGGACAGAGUGUGUGUGGGGGGAUGAGUGUCAGUGUGCCUGUGUGUUCGUGCAAGGUUAUACAGGAAGCAGAGAUAAGGAUGUGAUUUAUUGUUCUGGAUGCCUUACUGUUGCCUUGGUGAGGAGUCAGGAGGUUCCAGUUGAUCAACUAACCAGGCGCAUUAGAUCAACUCCACUGGCCUCACAAACCCUUUGUAACAUUAACACAGAGGUCUCUGUCUGUGUAGUGACAUUAUUGAGAUAUAAUAGGAAUCAACUGCCACAUCUACUGGACAAGGGAGAUUUUCAGAGUGAUAAGGAAUGCAACAGGCUUUCCUAUAGAGAAUAAUAAAUUAGCACUAUUUUGUUAUUGGUCUCUUGUUACGUGUCCACAUGACUAUAUACAGUACAUAUAUCAUAGUUUUAAGAAUAUGUGGGAGUAUGAUUACACAAAUGCAGUGACAAGGAUUGUGCUGUUUAUUUUUGUGUUGGGUAACUGUCCGUCCAUGGAGCUGAGUUAUGGCUAAAAGCGGCGGCCAUCUUUUAUACACAGGGUGGGACUACAACAGAUGGAUUUCUAGGUAGGGUAGGCUGGGUACUCUACACCCGGAACCUCUGGUCCAAAAUCAAAAGACAAAAGACACACACAUACUACAUGCAUAGUUACACACAUCCAUGUCCAGUCAGGUUAGGUAGUUUAAACUACUGUGUACAGUGAAGUGGCGCUAGAGAUCAUAAAAGAUCAUAAGGGAUUUACCGUUUACAUGUUCAAAGUCGAUCCACGUAACCGUAGGAGCUAGGAGCAGGCUGACGUUGACCUAUUCAUUUUUGUAGGCAUGUUUUUCUAUUUCUGAAUACACAUCCCAGUACUCUGGCUCCUCUGACUGUGUGACUCUGAACUGUGUCUGAAACUCUGCAUGUGUGGAUGACUAACGCUAUGGGACACUAAUGAACCAUCUCUGUGGUGAGCAGCUCCAUGGGACACACAUACUCCCCACGAGGCUGACUGGUCACUGAAGGCUAGAGAUGCUGGUCUAAGUGGCCAGCCACCUAUCGAGGUCUAUUGGUGAGUGUUCUGCAUGGCUGUAAGUGUACAAGGGCAGGGUCUGGGAAAUGUGCAUGAGAUGUUCUGGGCUCUAUACUGUAGGAGGGGUUGUGAUGCUGUUAGUAGCAGGUCAGUAUGUUCAUUGGUCAGACCCAGCCAGACAGUAUUAGACAUUAGGAAUGACCAGACAGGUAGACAGUCUAAGGCAGAGAAGUGUUGGUAAGAGAUGAGUGACGACUGGUAGAACUGUUGCUGGGUGUAUGGAUGGAAGGGCUCCGUUUGGGAGGUUCAUCAUCAGUAGGAACUUUGAGGACUGAGUACUGAUCGUGUGCCAUUGGGGUGAUGAUAAUGUGUACAUCUCCAUUUAGAGUACUUCUCUUAGAUUUUACUAUGAUGGGUUUUUCUCCAUUCAUUUAUUCUGUACUUCUGAAUCCUUUCUAAAGAGAGGUUGAUGUAAAACCUUGAUUCAGUUUUGUUCUUUUUUUAUUUGAGGACUGAUGUGUGAUUCUUUUCUCACGUCAUUGCUUUGACAGCUGUCUGUCUAUCUGGGACAAAGGGGGUGGUGGUUUUCUGUGAGCGUUUGCGUCAUCGCAGGUCAGCGCGACCCUGUAUCAGCACAUAUUAAUAAAAAACUAUUUAAAAUCGAA